AGAAGUCAGUAGCCAACUUUUAGCUAAACUCCAAACUUGGCGAGCGCGGCCAGACGCCGGGAAGGAGGAAAGACAUGGAGCACCACCUCGGGACUGUCCCGGUCUAGCUCCAGGUCCCAGGAGAGUCACUGAAGAGGCCGCAGGCGAUCUCCGAGGACCCCGAGGGGCUGAGUCACUCCCAGGCUCGCCGCCCAACCACAUGGGGUGAGACCAGGGGAGAUUGGGGAGGAGCGAGCAUCUGGUACGGAAUCCCGCUCCCGUUCCGGAGCGAGGGGCGGCGGGCACGAGCGGAGGCUGCGGACACGCGCACUGCCCGCGGGGCCCCGCCCCACGCCCCUGAACCGCCUCCCAGACACUCACCCCGGGACCGCGCAGUCGCCUCUAGUCACCCGCAGGGUCCGAACGAGCUGCUCGCAAGAAAGUAGGUGACGGCGGGCGCCGGGCCGCGCGGGCAGCCUUGGGACAAUGGGGCCCCGGCGCUUGCUGCUCGUCGCCCUCGGCCUGAGCCUGUGCGGUCCCUUGCUGUCUUCCCGUGUCCCCGUGAGCCAGCCAGAACCAGAGAGGACGGAUGUGACGAUGAACCCCCGCUCAUUCUUUCUCAGGAAUCCCAGUGAAAAUACAUUUGAACUGUUCCCCCUGGGAGACGAGGAGGAGAAAAAUGAGAGCGUACUGCCCGAGGGCAGAGCAGUCUACUUCAAUAAAAGCCGCCCUCCUCCCACGCUGCCUCCUCCCUUCAUCUCGGAGGACGCGUCGGCAUAUCUGACCAGCCCCUGGCUGACGCUCUUCAUGCCCUCCGUGUACACGUUUGUGUUCGUAGUCAGCCUUCCUCUGAACAUCCUGGCCAUCGCAGUGUUUGUCUUGAGGAUGAAGGUCAAGAAGCCGGCGGUGGUAUACAUGCUGCACCUGGCCAUGGCCGACGUGCUCUUCGUGUCCGUGCUCCCCUUCAAGAUCAGCUACUACUUCUCCGGCACUGAUUGGCAGUUCGGGUCUGGAAUGUGUCGCUUCGCCACCGCAGCGUUCUAUUGUAACAUGUACGCCUCCAUCAUGCUGAUGACCGUCAUCAGCAUUGACCGGUUCCUGGCGGUGGUGUACCCGAUCCAGUCCCUGUCCUGGCGCACUCUGGGCCGAGCCAACUUCACUUGCAUGGUCAUUUGGGUGAUGGCCGUCAUGGGCGUGGUGCCCCUUCUGCUCAAGGAGCAGACCACCCGGGUUCCAGGACUCAACAUCACCACCUGCCACGACGUCCUCAACGAGACCCUGCUGCAGGGGUUCUACUCGUACUAUUUCUCGGCUUUCUCCGCAAUCUUCUUUCUCGUGCCGUUGAUCAUCUCCACAGUCUGCUACACGUCCAUCAUCCGGUGCCUUAGCUCCUCCGCGGUCGCCAACCGGAGCAAGAAGUCACGGGCUUUGUUCCUGUCCGCUGCCGUGUUCUGCAUCUUCAUCAUCUGCUUUGGGCCCACCAACGUCCUCCUGAUCGUGCACUAUCUGUUCCUCUCCGACAGUCCUGGCACAGAGGCCGCCUACUUUGCUUACCUCCUCUGCGUCUGUGUCAGCAGCGUGAGCUGCUGCAUCGACCCCUUGAUUUAUUACUACGCCUCCUCCGAGUGCCAGAGGCACCUCUAUAGCAUCUUAUGCUGCAAAGAAAUCUCUGACCCUAACAGUUGCAACAGCACGGGCCAGCUGAUGCCGAGUAAAAUGGACACCUGCUCUAGUCACCUGAAUAACAGCAUAUACAAAAAGCUAUUAGCUUAGGGAAAGGGUUUCUGGAAGGUUCCAUAAAAAAAGGUUGGAAAGCAAAUAGCCGGGGAAUCCCCUUAGUCCCUGGCAAGAACUGUGUUUACUUCAACACCUAAAAGAACAACCAAUGUCUGAUUUGCAUGCAUAAUUUUUACAAGUGCUAUCAAGUGUAUAGAUUGGAUAAUUACCAGCAUGGUGAUGGGAACAGAGAUAAAGGUUUCCAGUGUUGCUAGUGCUACAAUAGUAACUGGGUGUCACUUCUUCUAUAUCUAGGUGACUUUAAUCUAUAGGUGGUAUGCACACACAUUUGCCAUGCAGGAGGGAAUCUGCGCUUUGACACUUCCUUGUUUAUUCCCUGGCCGUUACUAUGGAAACAAUCUCAUUCUCUGGCUUAAUAAACAGAGUCUGGGUUGGUGGUGUUAGCCCUGGGCAGCUGAAGGUCCUCAUUGAUAGGGAAGGAGCCCAUUGUUUAGACUUAGCACAGCUUUCGCCUAUAUAUAUGUUUUUCAAAUUAUUUGAUAGUUAUGUUUAGUGUUGGAAGGAUGAGACCUGUGUAAGGGAAGGUCUUGAACAUACCAUAGUUUAAGAAUUAUCAAAGCUGUUGGAAAGCCCGUUUUGAUAUGGGUAGCAUUUUUUUUUUCAAUUUACUUACUUAAUACAUGGACCAAGUCUGAGCAUAGGACUCACCAAGACUCUAAUAAACCUUUCAGAGCAGCCAGGCCUGAUAACUAGACACAGCCGUCUGCAUGGAGCACCCUGAGCUGAAUCAGUACAUCGUACCCCUUCGGCUCUGCCUCCCACAGAGCAGAGGUGGGGACCACCAGGUCCACUCCAUCCUCCUGGGCAUUAGCUGUGGACUGACUGUAUCAGAAAUCGGCCAGGUAGGGUAUGCCAUCUUGGGAGGCAAUAACGAUGAAAGACGCCUGCACAUCUGACAAGCAGAGAACGGUGUGUUUACAUCCAGUAGCUGUCCUGCAAGGCUGGCCCUUGUACAGACAGACACACCCACAUGUCCUGGUCACACUGUUGGAUAGUGGGCCACAGACUGACUGACUACAGGAGAAUAACUGAGUCCUGCCCUUACUCAGGCAACACAGAGAGCUAGCUGGCAUGUGUCGGCUGGGAUGUCCGCACUGAAGAUACAUCAUUGCACAUAGAAGUUGUCAUCAGCUGGCUGUCACAUAAGCAAGGCCUCAAAGCUAAACCGCUUUGGAUAUCUGAGUUUCUGCUUCCAGUAGCUAUAGAUUAGGAUAAAAACACAAUACAAGAUGUAUAUUUUUAGUACAUAAGCCCUUCAGUCUAUAAACUCAAACAUUAUUUAUUUGCAAAUGUUUUAUCCAAGAUUUCUCACGUCAGCCAGGCUUUGUGGCACAUGCCUUUAAUCCCAGUACUUGGACAGCAGAGGCAGGCAGAUCUUAAACAAUUUUUUUAAGAAGCAAGCAAACAAAAAGUUUUACUUAAGUCCAGUUUUAAGAAAUAUAUAGGCCAAUUUGGUUAAGAAUAAAAAUAAUGAAAAGAAAUUUCAUUGAUUGAAAUUGAUUGGAAUGUAGGACAAUUAUCCUGUAUUUUUCUUAAGAGUUAUUGAAAUUAUUUUUAAAGCAUUUUUAAUGCCCUCGUGACAAACAAGCAUAUACAAUCUUCAUGCCUUUGACAAAGUAAUUUGAAAAUUAAUUUAAAACACAUACUUUUCCUGAUUAAAAAAAUAUGUUGGCAUUUUAAGCAAAUGAGAAUAGAAAGGGUGUUUAUUUAAGAGAACAAAGUAUUUCCAAAUAUUGUAGAAUAGCUUCCAUGAAAUACCUGUAGUUGUACGGUUAACUUAGUUUCUAUGUUGAUUUAUCUAAAUCGCUGACUCCCUGACCUGUGUUCUGUAUGUGACUUACUGUAACUGUUACCACUGCGCUUAUGAACUUUUAUGUCGUUGUUUUGUGUUCACCCUCUUUUUUUAAAAAAUAUAUUAAUAAACUAAAACCAUGCUCGGU